AUGCGUUUCACUGGUGAGAUGAACCUGCAGGCAGGUGAGCUGCAGAAGCCCAGAGAUAUUAUUUUCUACGAGGAGAGGAACUUCCAGGGUCGCUCCUAUGAGUGCAGCAGCGACUGCUCUGACAUCCACAUGCACCUGAACCGCUGCAACUCCUGCAGGGUGGACAGCGGGUGCUUCGUGGUCUACGAGCGGCCAAACUUCAUGGGGAACCAGAUCUUUCUGAGGAGAGGCGAGUACUCGGACUUCCAGCGCAUGGGGAGUACGAUGGGCAUGACGGGCAUGGCCAUGAUGGAGAGCGUCCGCUCCUGUCGGGUCAUCCCCAUGCACAGGGGCCAGUUCAGGAUGAGGAUCUACGAGCGCGAGAACUUCGGAGGCCAGAUGCAGGAGCUGAUGGAGGACUGCGAGUCCCUGCAGGAGCGCUACAGCAUGUCCGACUGCCAGUCCUGCAACGUGAUGGAGGGCCACUGGCUGAUGUUUGAGCAGCCCAACUUCAGAGGCAGGAUGGUGUACCUGAGGCCCGGGGAGUACCGGAGCCUCAGGGACAUGUCCACCAGCAACAUCACGAGGAGCAGCUCCGUCAGACGCGUCAUGGACGCCUGCUGAUCGUCGCUGGUGUUCAGGGAAACCGUGGAGUACAAAUAAAAACAACUUUUCCCCUAAAUGUUUAGUUUUUCUGCAUCUGACCGUCUGAAACAGCUUAACCAAACACGAAGCAGAGAUCCUCCAUGGAAACUCCAGAUACCAGCAUGCUCUAGUUUGUGGAGAAAAUCUGAACAGGUGGGAUCUGGGGUCCCACAGGGCUCAGUCCCAGGUUUCCUGGAGGGGUUUGGAGGUGAAAAGGAAAGUUAGAUGUAGGUUAGCCAAAUACAGACCUAUAUUUUAAGUAUUUUAAAAACAAUAAGGUAGACAAAUACUUGAUUUUUUUGAGAGUUGAGAUUUUAAAAAAAAAAGGAUUUUUGAGGUUUUUUUUUUUCAUUUUUGACAUUUUGGUCGGUGCAUCAAAAUCUUCUGCGUUGCGUGUCAAUCAUAUAUUUAGACCUAUUUAUAUCCCAUGAUGCCACAGGUUUUUUUUUUUUAUGUAAUUACAAUAUUUCAAUAAAAUAUUCACUGGAAAGUUGCACUAUGGUAAAAACAAUAAGAAAUAAUUUUGAUUAGAAAUCCAUUUUAUGCAUUAAUUAUGUUUUAUGAAAUCAUACACACUGAAAACUCAGUGGUUAAAAAUAACCCAAGUUGGGUUAUUUUAACCCAACUCCAGGGGUUGAAAAGGGACUUACUUUUUGUUGGGUUAUUUUAACUCCCAAUUUAAAGGUCUAGUUAACCCAACUCUUGAGUUUAUUUGACUCAUGGGUUAAAUCCACAAACCCAAGUUUUGGGUUAAAUGAACAAACCAUUUAAAAGGUCAAAUUAACCAAACUCCUGAGUUAAUUUGACUCAAUCUUGGGUUAAAU